UUAUGGCAGUUACAAAUACCAGUCUACAGGUACAAGUUAAAUUGUAUUGAGACUCUGUCUUUCUGGAGCAUAUGAAAAUGUGGUCGACUCAGAUGCUCCUUUUCAGCUUUGCUUUGUUCAUGCAGUUCCAGUUCUCAUCAGCCCAAAUUUUGUUUGGUAACUGCACCACAACCGUGGAAUGCCCACCAAAUUCACAAUGCAUCACAACCGAAGGUCAAUGCCAGUGUGAUGAAGGAUUUUUUCCGCAGGAUUCUCCAAAUCUUAUCGGUGGAAUUGUUUUUACCCAAUGCAUUCCGGCUCCUUGUGAUCCCCUCGAUGAUGAUUCCUGUGGGGAUGACGGAGAAUGUAUAGUAGGUGACGGGGUUGUCUUCUGUAGCUGUAAUCCAGGCUUCACCGGAGAGGAAUGUGAAUUUACAACUAUGAUGACCAUGACCAUGUCUACCACGACUGCAUCGACUACCACCAGAAGGAUCAGGUCAAUUCUUCCCAUAAUUGCAGGAGGCGGUGCUGGUCUGCUUGCCCUUGCUGCCUUGGGAGCUGCUUUGGCCUCAUCCAGCGGUUAGGUGUUUCCUGGGGUUCUCUGAUUAGCAUAAAACACAAAAGUAAAACACCAUAUUUGGAUACCAUAUAUGUGAUUUAGAAAAUAAAAAACAAGAAGCAAGGCAUUGUUAA